UCCAGACGGGACGCUCCGCAGUAACACAACAAAAUCGCGCACCUUGGAAACGCAAAAGCAGAGAAAAAGAAAAAAAGAAAAAUAUUCUACAAAAAUAUUUAAUUUCAAAAGUGUUAAAACCAAAAGCCAUGGCGAACGCCAAAGGCAAUUGUGAUUUGGGAGCGCCAUUUGUGCGCUGUUAAGUGUAGGUUCUGCAAACCAGUUGGGAAUGCACAAAAUAUGUAGAUACAUUGUGGAGCCUGGAGCCAUGUGCAGAGCAUCAGCAGCAGCAGCAGCAGCACCAGCAGCAGCAGCAGCAGCAGCACCAGCAAUAGCAAUGGGAAUACCCAGCAGAUUUCUAUAAAAAUCAAAGUAAUGUGCACGAAAAUCCAGCAAAUGAAACAGUUUUUUGUAACAGAAAAUAACCUUGAGAGCGAGGUCCAUAACUUCUUAUUCAAUAACAAAAACUAAAGCGCCGUGCACGAGUGCGUGUGCACUGAAAACACGGCCGUACAACAUGGCGUAUGGGUAAUGAAUGUGUUAGCACGACAUAUGCAGUAAAUGUGCGAGGCAGCGGUGUUUAAAUAUUGCAUUAUGCACACACCGUGUGCGUGUGUGUGGCAUGCCACUAGUGUGGGUGUGUGUGUGUGAUUGUCUGCAUGUGCUUGAGCUAGUGUAUUGAUGUGCUUGUGCUUGUGCUUGUGAUGGUGCCAAAUGAAAUAUUAAGCCAAUUAAUUCACGUAUAUGCUCUAACUCGUAUUUAUGUGGCAUUCGACAACAACAAUAAUAACAACAACAACAACAACAACAAAAACGACAACAACUACAAAAACAACAACAGCAGCAACCACAACAACAACAUGUUCGAUGACGCAUUCUAGAGUAGGGCAGAAGGUUAAAUUACUACGGCAACGGCUACCGUCGAAAUUCGCCACGUACAGCAAUUCGGAUUCGGAGUCCGAAAAUAUCAAAACCGAUACCAAUACCGAAUCGCAGCACGCAGCUUGGCGAUUUAUAGGCGUGCGACCAACUAUAAGCAGUUUCAGCUGCCACCAUCUUCACCUCCAGCUCCUGCGUCGUCUUCGUCUCAAGCUGGCCAACAGCUCGGAGCUUGGAGCGCAAACACCACCCGCAAUAACAAAGAGGCCCAGCAAUUGUUGUUGCUGUUGCUGCUUUCGUGGUGAAUUUGCAACAGACAACAAUUCCAUGUGCCAUGGGCGCAACAAAAAAAUCAAACUACAAAUGUGACCGACCAUAAGCGAAAAAACGUGAAUUAACCAAAAAAAAAAAAAUACAAAAAAGAAAAAUACAAAUAAAAUUAACAAAGAUAUUAAAAGAAUUUGCAAACAAAAUACAAAGUAGUAAAGUGUGUGUGUGUGCUGCCGCUCUGAGCGCAAGUAAACCAGAGAGUGGGAGAGCGUGACGCGCAAAACUCACCACGCAUUGGCCUCUCGUCGUCGACGUCGACGACGGCAACAUUGUAAAAAACUUUCACUCUCGGCACAACGUGGCGGCGGGCGGUGCGACAGCAUCGAGCAGGAAGCGCAUAAAGUGACACACAAACACACGCACACAUUCACAUACAAAUACAAAUACACAAGCUCGUGCAAACUGGAGAAAGCCCACAGAAACUAAACUAAACAACACGAAUAUCCGCAACAUCAGCAGCAGCAGCAGCGGCGUCGGCAGCAGCAAAGCAAAAGUUUUGCAUGCCAGCAGCUGACUGCUGCAGGAAGCGUGCCAGGAGGGCGGGACAGCAGGAGAAGCGGGACGGGCAGGAGAAGCCACCAGUGAAGCGGACAGUCCGGUUCUGCCUGGCUGUCACAGCCAUUGAAUAGGCCUCUUCAACACGAACACUGGCACAGGAUACAGGCCGAGCACACACGCAACGCAAUUUAAAUGUAUCCUUAGAAUUUCAAACAGCACCAGCCCCAACAGUGUAAUGCGCCUUGGGGGUAGUGGUAUACCAUACGACGGUGACCCCCUGACAAUGAGCGCAGCUGGCAAUGAUUAUGCCGAAUUAUGCGAUCUUGGACCAUCACGUUGGAGUGCACGCGGUUAUGGUUACCAUGCAACACAAGCAGCAGCGAAUGCGGCCGGCAUCGGCAUUGGUGGCAUUGGCGCCACACAAUCAUCAUCGAGCGUACCGACGGGCGGCUCAGCUGGGCUCAGCGCACAUCAUUUACGGAGCAGCGCAGCAGCGCCAAACAGUUACGAGGCCGAGGACAUUGGCCUGGCCUUUGGCAUGAUCAGUCCGCCACCUGGCAGCGGGCACGUUCAUUACGGCGGCAGCGCCGGCGGCAUUGGCUCCCGUGUGGGCAAUAGCACCAGUUCGCUGCGUGCCGGCGGCACCGGUCGCUCCGGUCUCUAUUAUUCGCCACCGGGCACAUCGUACACAAUCGUUGAGCGUCCACACUCGCCGCAUUACUAUUACAAUUCGGCUGGUGUGCCCACGAAGGGUGGUUCGUUGCCUGGUCGCGGCUCGGCGUAUCUCAGCUCCUCGCCAUCUAGCCACAUGGCCGCCGGCACGGCCGGCACGCUGCCCACAUCAACGGCAGCCAGCGGUCGCCAUGCCGCCUCGGCCAUGGGCAAUGGCAACAAAAAGCGGGCCAUAUCGCCGGAGCAGGUGCUGCGCAUGUUCGGCGCCACACAGUCGUCUUCAGUUCCUACGAGUAGCUAUCACUACAGCAACGGCGGCACCCGCGAUCGCGAUCGCACAGGGCGACGCAGUCCGGCCAGCAGCCCGCCCUCGACAACGCAUCAGAUCUAUCGGGAUCGCGAUCGAGAUCGGGAUCGGAGUGUGCCCAACAUACAUGAACUUACGACGCGCACCGUUUCAAUGUCGCGUGAUCAGCAAGUCGAUCACGGCUUCGGUAUAUGCGUCAAAGGAGGCAAAGACUCAGGCUUAGGUGUUUACAUCUCACGCAUCGAGGAGAAUUCGGUGGCGGAGCGCGCCGGCCUGCGACCCGGUGAUACAAUCCUAGAGGUGAACGGCACGCCAUUCACCUCAAUCAAUCACGAGGAGGCGCUUAAGAGAUGUGUGCAGAUAUUGAAAUCGUCACGUCAAAUCAGUAUGACGGUGCGAGCGCCGCCCACGCUGAACUCGACGGCACCGCUGCACGGUUUUGGUCCACCCUCGCGGGAUCCAAUGUACGCGUCGAUGGCCCCCCUAUUACCACAGACUGCAGCGGCCCAUGCGGCAGCGGCCGGCGGCGGCGGCGGCGGAUCGGGUCUGCCCUUUCGUCAGACCUGCUCCUGGAUGGAUCGACACGGCCGUCCGGCCUCGCCGCCCAUGGAGUAUGGCGGCAGGCGGAACGAGCGCCGAGAUCGGGUACGCCGCGUCGAGCUGCUCAUUGAGCCCGGCCAAUCGCUGGGCCUGAUGAUACGCGGCGGCGUCGAGUACGGCCUGGGCAUCUUUGUCACGGGCGUCGACAAGGAUAGCGUCGCAGAUCGUGCCGGUCUAAUGAUUGGCGACGAAAUACUGGAGGUCAACGGCCAGUCGUUUCUCGAUGUGACGCACGACGAGGCCGUUGGUCAGCUGAAAUAUCACAAGCGCAUGUCCUUGGUGAUACGUGACGUGGGCAAGGUGCCGCAUUCCUGCACAUCCAUCGAAAUGGAGCCCUGGGAUGCGUACAGUCCAACGGGCACGAGAGCACGCCGAAAAGGUCAAAUCACGACCAUGGUGGAGGAGAAGGCGCGCUCGCUGCUGCCACGUCAUCAUUUUGCAAGUCUUUCGUAUUAUAUUGCCGAAUAUAGUGUGAAAGCAAUGACCAUAGAUGCCUUUGUUGCCGUCUUAUUAGAGAUGUUAGAUACGUACGAAAAGCACACGCUAGUGACGGAAAUUCGUGAGCUCGUUUUUCCGGAGGAUCGUACACGUUACGAUGAGCUUGUGUAUCGCAGAGAACGCGAUCCAUAUAGCGUGGAUAGGCAUAGGCGUAAAGGAGACCCCGCACGUGAUUUGCCGGUAACAGCUGACGAUAUGGAAGUAAGCGCCGCUACUGGACGCAGUCCCUCGUCGGACUCGGGUCUGGGCAUGACCGUAACGGAUAUACAUAAACGACCCGCACUACAGUUGCCCUAUCGGCCCAUGUCGGCGGGACCAAUACUGCAUCGUUCACAGCAUUAUCAGCCAGCAACAACACAUGCAGCUAGCAACCAAUCACCAUCACCGCCACCAAAACCACUACAACAACAACAACAACAACAACAACAACAUUAUCCACCACAUCAUACCUCAUUGCGUCAUCUGGGCGGCGGCGUCGUUGGAAAUGUGCGUCAUCCUCACCAGCAGCAAUUGGGACCAAAUCAAUUUAAAAUCAAACAAGCCAAAGACAAUCAGCAACAGGAAUACGGCUGUGAUGAGCAUAGAACUCGCCGGGGCAGCGAAACCCUAUUACCGGAAUAUGAACAAGAUGCGGGCGGCUACUUAGAUGGACUACGUUCACAUUUGGGUGGUUUAACACAACGUGUCAAAUCAUGGUAUUGGGGACGACCUCUUGAGUUGGCCACAAAACUCUCAAGAAGUUUCGAUAUGAAGGAAGAAGGCGGCACUUUGCUGGGCGAUAAAGGUGUACGAAGGCAUCAGUCCAUGCAGCGUCUGUCAACUGAGCAGAACGGUGGUUCAACGACUGAACAAACACAUGAACACAAUCCAAACGUCGUACCUGAUCAUAGAGGCAACUUACACAUUACAGUUAAGAAAACCAAACCAAUUUUAGGUAUUGCUAUCGAAGGUGGUGCUAAUACAAAGCACCCGCUUCCUAGGAUAAUCAAUAUCCAUGAAAAUGGUGCGGCAUUUGAAGCGGGCGGCUUGGAAGUCGGGCAAUUGAUACUGGAGGUAGACGGCACCAAGGUGGAAGGUCUACAUCAUCAGGAGGUUGCUCGAUUGAUAGCCGAAUGCUUUGCAAAUCGUGAAAAGGCUGAAAUAACCUUCUUAGUUGUCGAAGCAAAAAAAUCAAAUUUGGAACCGAAGCCAACAGCGUUAAUAUUUUUAGAAGCCUAACAUUUGCUUGCC